AUGAAUGAAUGUCUUCAAGGGAGUGACGGAGUUGCGCAGGGCGACUCUCUGGGUCACGCCAAACUUAUGCUGGUUCCCGAGAUUCUUGGAAACGUUCUGUGUCAGCAUGGCUUUGUUACAAUUGAGACUAAACCCACACUGUUAGUCCUGUUGUUUACUGGAAGGGACGCGCCAAACCUGGCCUAA